AUGUCGCGUUCGUUGCCUAAGAAGGAGCCAAACAAGAAGCCCACUUUUGAUGCCAACGUCAUGGUGGGAGGCAAACCAUGCACACCAACACUUUCGCCGCACGGCCCGGGAGACUCACGAAAUAGCUCAGCGAGUGACCUUUUGGCAAGGCCAGCCUUGCCGUUCUGGAGCGAUAUCACACCAACGCCGAAUCCGAGUCCGCCGUCACGAGCAUACUCGAUGGACACGUCUAUUAGAGCGUUCGGCCCUAGGGCGUUGACAUCAUACCGCCUGGCACAAGACACCUUCGGAAUCUCAGGAAUGAUCUCAAAUGUAUUUGAACUCGCUUUCUUCGAAAACCUACGGAGUGUGGGGACUGAAGAGGAACUGAGGGCCAUGAUGGCGCGUAUCGAGGAGGAGUGGCGAUUUGCCACCACUUUGCUCAUCGGAUCGCUCAUGAUCGAUGUCCUGGCGCUUAGGUGUCCUCCUUCCCUGGCCGAACUCAUCAGCGGAUGGCGCCUCAAAUUCACCGCCAUCUUUACUGCACUCGCGCUCAUUGUUACUGGUCUCAUUCGAUCAAUAUACUCGAGGGACAUGAUGCUGGACGCCGAGAUUGCGCGCAGAAUUCAUUCGCGCUCGUUUCCCUUCAUAUCUCGCGUCCCGUUUCUCGUUGCAUUUAUUUCAAAUCGUCUUGACUAUUUGUGGGAUUGUACUGGCGCUCUGCAACCUUGA